UGGUACCAGCGAAAGAGCUGUCGCGCGGUCGAUUUGAAAUUUAUUUACGAUUUGAAAGCGGUUUUUAGGUCGUCUUGUGUGAUAGCGGUGGUUUAGUGCGAUUUUUUUCUUUGGAUUUUCUACCACUGUGUGGACUUUUUUCUUGUUUUUUUUUUUUUGAAUUUCUUUAUCCAAAAUGAUACCACGGCCUAGAUGUAAACUCAGAACGUUGCUUUUUAUAUGUUUAGUAGUUCUACUAUUAGUGCAAAUUGCAAAUUCAGAAAAAGAACGAGCAUCUAGACGAAGACUGCGCCGUCCAUUGAAAUCCACAGCACAAAGCACCACAGUAUCCAAAGACCAAGAAGUGUCUUCUAGCGUAAACAAAUUCCGUAGAACGAGGCCGGGACAGAAAAGGACUUCCGACAAUGACGUCAGCGCCAGCACCGAUAAACGAGACAAAGAUGGUUAUAAAGUGGUUUGUUACUACACCAACUGGUCACAAUAUAGAGUUAAAAUUGGUAAAUACACCCCAGAAGACAUCUUACCAGACCUUUGCACGCACAUUAUCUUCGCUUUCGGAUGGUUAAAAAAAGGAAAACUCUCCUCUUUCGAGAGCAACGAUGAAACGAAAGACGGAAAAGUCGGGUUGUAUGAAAGGAUACAAAAAUUGAAGAAGGCUAAUCCUAGCUUGAAAACGUUGCUGGCUAUUGGUGGUUGGUCGUUUGGCACGCAAAAGUUCAAAGAGAUGUCAGCUACUAGGUACAGUAGGCAAACGUUUAUCUUUUCAGCCAUUCCAUUUUUGAGAGACAGAGGAUUUGAUGGGCUCGAUCUAGAUUGGGAGUAUCCUAGUGGAGGUACUGAUAAGAAGAAUUUCGUUUUAUUAUUGAAAGAACUCCGCGAAGCUUUUGAAGCUGAAGCCCAAGAAAUAAAGAAAACCCGUCUCCUCCUAUCAGCUGCUGUUCCUGUAGGCCCCGAUAACAUUAAAGGAGGUUACGACGUACCCGCAGUGGCCUCUUACUUAGAUUUCAUUAACCUCAUGGCCUACGAUUUCCAUGGAAAAUGGGAAAAAGAAACUGGACACAAUGCUCCACUGUACUCUCCAAGCUCCGAUAGUCAAUACCAGAAACAACUAAAUGUUGAUCAUGCAGCAAAUUUGUGGGUGAAACUUGGAGCUCCUAAGGAGAAACUUAUCAUUGGUAUGCCUACUUAUGGAAGAUCAUUCAAACUGUCCAGCACUGGCAAACAUAAAGUGCACGCACCAGCAAGUGAAGGUGGAAAAGAAGGCAAGUACACAAAAGAAUCUGGUUUCUUGGCAUACUACGAAAUCUGUGAAAUGCUGAAAAGUGGCGCCACUUAUUACUGGGAUGACGAAAUGAAGGUACCAUACUUAGUCGAUGGUGAUCAAUGGGUUGGAUUUGACGAUGAAAAGUCUAUCAGACACAAAAUGAAGUGGCUCAAAGAGGGUGGCUUUGGUGGAGCUAUGGUGUGGACUGUGGAUAUGGAUGAUUUCACUGGAACUGUUUGUGGGGGUGAUGUCAAAUAUCCUUUGAUUGGAGCAAUGAGAGAAGAACUGAGAGGAAUUUCACGUGGCAAAGACGCGAAAGAUAUGGACUGGCAAGCCAUCGCUGGUGCAGACGAGGACGAUGAAGAGGAAGAAGAUGUAGUAGAAAAGCCCAAACCAAUGAAAAUUGGUGUUUCAGAAGUCUUGAAACGUGCCAGAAAACCUGGCAAGAAGGCGCACAAAAAUGCCAUCAACAAAAAAGUCCGAAAACCUCAAGUAUUCUGCUACAUGACCAGCUGGUCGCAAAAACGUCCUGGAGCAGGAAAAUUCACUCCCGAAGACAUCAAUCCAGCUCUUUGUACCCACGUAAUCUACGCUUUCGCCACAUUAGAAGACCAUAAAUUAGCUGAAGGCAGCGAUAAAGAUCCAGAUAUGUAUGACAGAGUGGUUGCACUGAGAGAUAAAAAUCCAGAUUUGAAGGUUCUAUUAGCCAUUGGUGGGUGGGCUUUUGGAUCAACCCCAUUCAAAGAUUUGACAAGCAACGUGUUUAGAAUGAACCAAUUUGUCUACGAUGCCAUUGACUUCUUAAGGGAGUACAAAUUCAAUGGUUUAGAUGUUGACUGGGAAUACCCAAGAGGCGCUGACGAUAGAGUAGCCUAUGUCUCGUUGCUCAAAGAACUUAGAGUGGCAUUUGAAGGUGAAGCAAAAACCAGCGGUCAACCACGUCUUCUUUUAACAGCAGCAGUACCUGCCUCGUUUGAAGCUAUAGCAGCAGGCUAUGACGUACCCGAAAUAUCAAAAUACCUCGACUUCAUUAACGUUAUGACAUAUGACUUCCAUGGACAAUGGGAGAGGACUGUAGGACAUAAUAGUCCUUUGUUCCCAUUGGAAAGUGCUACAAGCUAUCAGAAAAAACUGACAGUGGAUUACUCUGCUAGAGAAUGGGUGAAACAAGGAGCACCAAAAGAAAAAUUGAUGAUUGGUAUGCCUACAUAUGGUCGUAGUUUUGAGCUAGUGAACACCACUCAAUUUGAUAUUGGAGCUCCAGCUAGUGGCGGAGGAAAAUCUGGAAAAUACACUUCCGAAGCUGGUUUUAUGAGUUACUAUGAAGUUUGUGACUUUUUGCACGACGAUAACGUCACGCUGGUGUGGGAUAAUGAGCAGCAAGUACCAUUUGCUUACCAAGGCAACCAAUGGGUUGGAUUCGAUGAUGAAAGAAGUUUGAAGACAAAAAUGGCCUGGUUGAAAGAAGAAGGUUUUGGAGGCAUAAUGAUUUGGUCGGUGGACAUGGACGAUUUCAGAGGCUCUUGCGGAAACGGCAAAUAUCCUUUAAUAAAUGCAAUGAGGCAAGAGCUUGAAGGUUACAAAGUCAAACUUGAGUUUGAAGGUCCUUAUGAGACUAUCAUUGGGUCUGGACAAUAUACUACCAAAGAUCCAAAUGAAAUAACCUGUGAUGAACAAGAUGGUCACAUCAGCUACCAUCCGGACAAAGCCGACUGUAAAAUGUACUACAUGUGCGAAGGAGAACGAAAACAUCACAUGCCAUGUCCGGCGAAUCUGGUCUUCAACCCUAAUCAAAACGUCUGUGAUUGGCCCGAAAAUGUUGAAGGGUGUCAAGAAUUCACGCCAGCGCCACCUACGAGACGAUAGAAUUUCAAUUUUUUCGUUUUCGGAAUAAGAAUUCAGGGUUGUGUUUUACUUUUUUCUUUUUGACAGUAGGAAUAUACUUAACUAUUUAUUGUAAAUAUACGAAGAAGUAAAUAUGUUUAAAGAAAAAUGAUGGUUUUCAAAUGGGCGGUAUCCGCUUCAGGUUUACUAUAGUGCUACUUUUGUACAAUUCAGCUACAUCCAGUCUUUGACUACAUCUAUAAUUUUAUAUUAUGCGUACAGAUAUUGGCCUUGUUUUCAGUAAAGAAGGUAUUUCUAAUGAAUCAUGAAUAAAUUUAUCAAUGUGAUAAGACAGUUUCUAGUUUUGUGUAAUUUUUAACAAAAUUUCACUGCCAUAUUUUAUGUUCUGCAUUGUCUUUUUUUUUCUCGAAUAAUCUACUAUUGUUUUUUAUAUUUGUUUUAUUAUAUUUAUAAUUGUGCUUUGUGCUAAUAAUAAGUAUACUUCUUACCCGAACGACGUCGAUGCAAAGGUAGUAGAUUCUUGUUUGAUAUUUAUGAAGUAUUUAAUAGUUUGUAUGAAAUUUUGUAUUUUUAUUUUAUACACACGAUUUUUUUUGUAUAGUUUUAAGGUCAUUUUAAGUGUAUCUAGUUUUUGGUAGAUUGUAAAUAAACGAAUUUAAUACAAAUUAAA